AUGCUCCCCCGCAAGCUUUCAAUCUUCGUCUCCUUCUUCCGCGUCGGUUUGGAUUUCCAGCACUUUCUGAUUCUUCUCACAUGUAUCGGUAUCGCCUGUCUGGUAGCUGCACCACCCACCCCACCCACACCAUCUACCUGCUCUCCCUCUCCUAUGCCUCCACUCUCCCCACCCCCCUCACCCAAACCCUCCAGCGCAACCUCAGCUCUCUUCUUCCCCCAAAUACUCAAAAAGAGUUCACUCAUGAUCCGCACCGGUUUUCGGGGAAUAUGUAUGACUUCUCAAUUUGCGAGUUCGGGAUGGGAAUGCGCUCAACAUGCGGGGAUAUUAAAGGAUAUAAUCACGAGUGCGAGCACAAGUACAAGUACAAAUACACAUUCGACCACGGAUAUCGAUCUCGAUAUUGAUCCCCUAAAUCUCCUCCAACUAGCCGAGUCUGUGAGGAAAAGAAUUGUAUUCGAUGGAUUACUCUACAUCGCCCUCCCCCUCACCCUCCUAACCCUCCUCCUGCUGCUCCUCAUCCCCCGCUGGAAAAACCGACAUAAACCCCGACAACCCGCCUCCUCACGCCAAGUAAAAGCCUUUCCUUCUCGUGCCCUCAGCUUUACAAUCUGCUUAACGAGCGGUAGCGCCUUCCUCUUCGCAUUUACAUCUAUUCUCUGGCAGCAUCUGGCCGCGGUGACAGCUUCGCGAUUUAUCGAGCGGAUGAAUUAUGGGAGUGUGGUGGCGAGAGUGGGGAGUACCGCUAUGGUGAUAGGAUGGUUGGGGGUAUUAAUGUUAUGGUUUGCGUUUAUGGGGUGUCUACUCAUGGUGUUGAGUUUGAGGAAAGUGAGGACUUUUGGGUAAUGUAUCAAGUUUCAAAAAUGAAAUAAUAUAUCACUGAGAAUUAGAUAGGAUGGUCAUACAACAUCUACAUU